AUGAAGAUGAGUGAUAAGGAGUUAGAUUAUGAUGAUCUCGAUGCUUUAUUGGAGGAUGAGAGUGAAGAUUUUAAUAAGGAUAACUCAAAGGAUGAAAAUUGUAAUAAUCAAAAAGAUCAUACAGAACCCAAUUCGACUGAUGAUCGAGUAGAUUUCAGUACGGUGAUAGGAAACACUAUGUCACGUUUGAAUAAUAUGAAAUUAAAGGAUAAGAAAGAGGAUAUAUUGCAGGCAUCUCAAGGAUCGAUAGCUAAUGAUUUUUUCAGUGGUGGUGGGGCUGAAUUAUUUAAUGAUUUAAUUAUGAUGAUGCAAACUAAAGAGAAUUUUUAUGAUGAGAUAGUUAUUCUUAGGGAUCAUUUAGAUGAGUGGAUUAAGCAAAACCCAAAUAGUAAAAUUAUUAAAGACAGAGAAUUACAGUUAGACAAUUUGAAUAAAAGGAUAUCUAUAUAUGAACGGCAGGAUUAUACAGAUGCUAAAUAUGGUGAAGAAUUGAAAAAAUUGGCGUUAGAGUAUGUUCAGAUACCGCAUCCAUUUGUCAAUAGUGAUCAACCACAACAAGGAGAAGGAGAAGGAGAAGGAGCUUAUAAGUUUGACGAGGAAGAUGAGCUUAUAGCAUUACUUUCAAAAGAAUUGAUGAAAAAAGAAACCAUUUAUGAAUCAGCUAUUGAAUAUAGAGAGGAUCUGAAACAAUGGAUAAAGGAACAUUCUGAUGCAGAUGAACGAGUAUUAGAAUCACGUAAACAAGAACUAACGAUAUAUGAUGAGGUUAUUGCAGUGUAUGACUCGCCAGAUUAUUCACCAGAUAAUGAACAGUUGAACGAGAAGGUUAUGGGUAUAUUAGAAAAGACUAAAUAUCUAUAUGAACCACUCCCAUUAGCUAAAAGAGGGUUUAAUAAUAAAGAUGAAAAACCUGGAGAUGGUGAACCGUAUUACCAACUGAAGCAAGAAUUUUUCGAUACUAUUGAGAAGUUCACUACAAAGGCCAUGGAAGAAAUAAACACUUUUGAUAAAAACGAUGCUAGUGAAGGUGGUAUGAGUAGUAAAGAGCAAAAAGAACUUCUACAAGAGAUGGAACAAAACUGUUCGCCGCAAUAG